AUGACUGGCACGGAACUACCUGCAACGGCUCCAUUGCCGUCACAGCCCUAUAGCAUCUUCGACAAACGCCAAACUGCCUUGAUUGUCACACUUGUCUCCAUCGCGGCAACAUGUUUCGCAUCAAACAUUUAUUUCCCAGCCCUCCCAACCAUCGCCCACGACCUCGAUGUCUCGAUUGAAUUGAUCAACCUCACUGUUACUUCAUACCUUAUUUUCCAAGGUCUAGCCCCCAGUCUCUGGGGCCCAAUAUCAGAUGUCAAGGGUCGUCGAGUUGCAUACUCGCUCACCUUCAUUGUGUUUCUAGGAGCAUGUAUCGGCCUGGCAGAAGCCAAGAACUAUGCAACUAUGGUUGUGCUGAGAUGUGUUCAAAGCACUGGAAGUGCUAGUACAAUUGCUAUAGGCUCAGGUGUUAUCGGAGAUAUUACGACCCGAGACAAUCGCGGUGGGCUAAUGGGUGUAUUUCAAGCAGGGCUGCUGGUGCCCGUGGCAGUUGGUCCGAUUAUCGGCGGUGCGUUGGCUGGAUCUCUUGGAUGGAGAUCUAUCUUUUGGUUCUUGACCAUCUACAGCGGUGUUUUUCUGGUUCUCUUGUUUCUCCUCUUACCUGAAACGUUGAGGUCUAUUGUUGGUAAUGGGAGCCGAGAACCUACACACGACUUAGCCAAAUACCCUCUACGUGUUUAUCAGAAGACGACCAAAGUCGUUUGGCAUAAUGACGCAGUCACUACAUCGCCUGCGGCCAAAAAGCACAUCGACAUUACAGGACCCUUCCGCAUCCUCAUCAGCAAGCAAGCUGCUCCCAUCAUCGUCUUCCUCGCAGUCUAUUAUGCUGUUUGGCAGAUGAGCAUCACAGCCAUGUCUAGUCUCUUCGAAGAUAAAUAUGGUCUCACAGAAACUCAGAUCGGACUCACAUUCAUCGCCAAUGGCGUGGGUUCAAUGGUGGGAACACUGAUUACCGGCAAGAUACUCAACAUCGACUACCGCCGUUUUAAAGCUCGGCAUGAUGCACGCAUUACGAGCAGUAUCACGGGAGAUGACGUUGAACCUGCUAGUACGCAAAAGACGCUGGAAAAUGACUUUCCACUGGAGACAUCACGCCUCCGCCUCGUCCCCCUGUUCUCCCUCCUCCAAUGCGCGUCCAUCUUACUCUUCGGCUGGACCAUUCAAUAUCCGCAUCGGGUUCACAUCGCGGUUCCAAUUGUAUCGACUUUCAUCACGGGCUGGUCUGCUGUUUCCAUGCAGUCUGUCGUAAUGACAUAUCUCGUCGAUGUCUUUCACGACCGCAGCGCCGCUGCCAGCGCGAGCCUGAACCUUGCAAGAUGCUUGUUCGCCGCGGGAGGCACGAGCUUUGUUAUGCCGAUGAUCAACUCUAUCGGCGUCGGGUUGGCGUUUACGGUCUGUGUUUCGGUGCAGGCUGUUGCAGUAGUGAGCUUGGCUGUUCAGUGGAAGUUUGGCGCAAAAUGGAGACGGGCAGCUGAGGAUGAGAGGUCGAAGUCUUAG